UAUUUGUAAGAGCGGGAAGAAGAAGAAGUUUCCGGCGCAACAGCGAGGCGUCAUCAUGCCUACAGCUGUGAGCAUGGAGGACAAUUUUGAUAAAUUAUUAGAGCAGUGUGAAGCUCAAGAGCUAGAGGCUCCUGGGGGAAUUGCAACACCUCAGGUCUAUGCUCAGUUGCUGGCUCUCUAUUUACUUCAUAAUGACAUGAAUAACGCCAGGUAUUUAUGGAAGAGAAUUCCCCAGUCAAUAAAAUCGGCAAAUCCUGAAUUGACAGGAAUUUGGGCUGUUGGCCAGCGGAUUUGGCAGCGAGACUUUCCAGGCACCUACACGGCCAUUGCAGCUUACCAAUGGACUGAAGGGAUUCUCCCAGUCAUGGAGGCUCUUCGAGAGGGCACUCGACAAAGGGCCUACAGCCUUGUGGCCCAGGCCUACACUUCCAUCACAGCAGAUGACUUUGCUGCCUUCGUUGGCUACUCUGUGGAAGAAGCAGUCAAAGGUGUGGUAAGCCAAGGUUGGCAAGCUGACCCUGCUACCAGGAUGGUGAUGCCCAAAAAGCCAGAUCCUCCUCCUGUCUCAUUGGUUCCAAAUGAGCAGCAGUUGGCCAGACUCACUGACUACGUGGCUUUUCUCGAGAAUUGACAACCCAUCACAACCACUGCCAUCCUUUUUCUCCUGCUUGGUACUAAGGGAGAAUACAAGUUCAGAAAGACUCUUCCUCCCACUCCUGGAUAAAGACAAACCAAAAACAUACUGUCAUCUUGCAUGAGUGCUGCAGGCUCUUUUCUAAAACCCACCUUGAAAUCUUCAAUAAAUGAUCAAACUCCCCUUGUUAAUUCAUAUCCUACUAUUUGUAAUUCAUUAUCAGACACCAGUGUUAAGGUGGGUCUGUGUAACAGGAAAGCAGGUAUUACAGGAAGCGUAUCUCACACCACUGUUAGUUAUUGCUAAAUUUCCAAACCUAUCCCACACAAACAGUUACACAGACCUUUGUGUACAAAUAAUAAUUUCCACUCUGUUUUAGCACUUAUGGACUACUUUGAAACAAAAUUAAUUAGGUAAAAGAAGAGAUAAUAGUCUUGGCAAGCAUGCAUGCAUUACUGUGUGGAGUGCAGUCCUCAGACCUCAGUAUCUUUGUUUGUAUUGACUGGUGAUUAAAUUUUUGCUGUUUCUAAAUUGUUUUUUUUUUUUUUUUUUUGGCAUUUGAGUGUUGUUUCAGGUUGAUCAUGCAGCACAGAGCUUGUUGGCCUUAUUCAGAUAUGUAAACAAGUGUGGCACAUCACAUGCAUGUAAUAGCACACAUGCAUUUGAGGUUGACUGGUCCAUAAUGUGUGUCUUGCCUGAUUAUAUAGUUAUAUAAAGAUGUGGGGAGAACAUAAGUGAUGUGUCAGUAUAAAGAUUUAAAUGGUCUGUAUGAUGGCAACAUCCUCAUUUAAGCCAGUUUAAUCAGAUCUUCAAAGUAACGCUGCUAGUUAUGGUUAAAUAUUAUGAUGACAUCAUGAUAGCUGGCCGCCUUAUUUUGGAGGCCUGUCUGGCUGCCAUGUGUGUAUGGUAAUGUGUUUUAUUCUUUCUCCUCUUGUCGUGUCUGCAUCCUGUUUUGAAACUAAAUUCAAAUCAGCACUGA